AGCAGUGCCCUGGAGCCAGGAGGGACAACCCUGUCCUGGGGGCAUCAGGCCGAGCAUCAGCCGGGCAGGGGAGAGGAUUGUCCCACUCUGCUCUGAGCUGGGGUGGCCUUGCCUCCAGUGCUGGGGGCAGUUCUAGGUGCCACAAUGUAAGAAGGAUAUGAACCUCUGAGAGAGCUUCCAGGGGAGGGUAAUGAAGAUGGUGAAGGGCCUUGAGGGGAAGCCAUAUGAGGAGUGGCUGAGGUCACUUGGUUGGUUCAGCCUGGAGAAGACUGAGGGGAGUUUUCCAACAAGUGGAUGUGCAGGGGAAGGAACCAAUCUCUUCUCUAUGGUGACCAUGACAGGACUCAAGGGAAUGUCAGGGAAUGAAGUUGUGUCAGGGGAGGUUUAGGUUGGAUAUUAGGAACAGGUUCUUCACUCCUUGGGUGGUUGGGCACUGCAACAGGCUCCCCAGAGAAGCGGUCACAGCACCAAGCCUGGCAGAGUUCAGAAAGUGUUGGACAAGACUCUUGGGCACAGGGUGUGAUUCUUGUAGUGCCCUAUGCAGAGACAGAAGUUGGUCUUUGAUGAUCCUUGUGAGUCCCUUCUAAUUCAGGGAAUUAAUAAUUCUAUGAAGUCUCUGCAUAAUGUUGUAACCUCAUCAGAUAAUCUUCCAUAUAAUUUCAUCACGAUGGUACUUUAAUAAUCAUUAAUAUAGGUCUAAUACUUUUUAUCCAUGUUAUAUGUUGGUAUUUAACACUUGUAAAGUGCUUUAGGAUUCCCCAAAAGAAGGAACGAAAGAAAAAUUUUUAUUAUUGUCUUCUAGAAGUAUAAAAAAGUAAGGCUAUCUUUGAGUCUGCAGUACAGUAGGACGUGAUCAGUGCAUGCAACCCACAGAACAGGGAGGAGUAUUGACUCAGUUCUGAGAACUGAAAUGGUGCUUAGCACCUGAAGCUUAAGGUCAGGAGCUAAAAAACAAACAAAUAUAUACCAACAUACAGCUAGUCCUUUAUAUUCAAACUUUUGUUCCCAAGAUAAUAAAAAAACAGAACUUCACUUCUUGAAUGUAUUGAGUUUAUAGAAAUAUCCACUGAUUUUAGAAGGGACCUACAAAAAGCUCAGCAAUUUUGAGAGAGCAGAGCAGUUUAAUCAUCAAACAAGGACGAGGGUACCUAUUUAUUAUCUACCUUCUGAAAAUUUCAACCUAGAUUUGUCUAAGUACAAAAUUAUCUGAUUAUUUGGAUGCUAGCUGAGUAGAAUUCCACUUCAUGUGUAUCACUUAGUCGCUUGAACCACUACCAAGUGCCAUAACUGAACUAACUACAUUAACUUAUUGCAGUAAGUUGUACCCUUUCUUUCCCUAUUCCCAUGUUAUAAUUAGUUUGUAUAGCCUUCCUCAAAGCACACUGUAAUCUCUUCACAGCAGAAACUCAUUUCUUAUGAGAAUUGUAAAAAUACUUCAAGUGCUGCAGAAAUAACAAACUAACAUGAAUUCUUUUCCCAGUUAGUUGCAAUAAUGUAUAAAAUGCCCUAGCCUCUGCUACAAACUUAUCUCAACUCUAUAACUAAGAUACCCAUUCAUUUUUCUACCUGCUCCUUGCCAGAUUUUAAGUCAGGAUGGACCUCUAGACUUUCCCUUAAUUGCACACUACUGUUCUCCCCUUGCUGUUCUAUCUUUCCAGCUUUCUCCAUAUCUUCCAAUAGGACACAGGUUUUACUUGUGUAUUAUGGAAAAUAAUACAGGCCUGGACGCCUCAUGCAGGAAGACACAAAAAUAGAGAAUUAGUGUAUUUUAGAUGGGUACAACUGUUUCACCUGUGGGAGCCAGUGUCUGCAAUCUGUGCCAUCCACUCUUCUAAGUGGAAAGCAAUGAAUGAGUUAAAAUGAACAAUGAAUGAUUUUACACAGAAACCACCAGGAAUGCAUAUUCCUACUGGUUUGUCUUUUUGGCUACAUUUGCCUUUUGAGAAUACCAGUUGGGAAAAUUGUUUAGAAUGCAGAAACAGCGAACAAUAAAACUGCUCUAAACUAAACUGCUAGAAAGUCAGUGUGUAGAUGGAACACGUUACAGCUGCCUCAAGAAAAAGCUGUGCAGUUCAGCAAUACAGAAACUUAGGAGGGUUCUGGAGCUGAGAUCUAGCAGAUGUUUGGAAUUUAAAGGAAGUUCAGUCCUUGAGAAAACAGACAACUUCAAAGAUCAAGGGGCUGGUUCUUCAUAGCUAUCCCUUUUCAGAAAGGGAAACACUGACCUUUCUGAUAAAGACUUUGCAUUAGUAUCUCACUGCCACAAAAAUCCUUCCAACAGAUGAAGUGAGACCUAGUAGCAUUGUAACUGAAACUGGAAUAAUUCAGAGAUUCAGAUUUAGAAAAAUAAAUACAGUAGAAAGUCUUCAGUUUACUACAGAUUUUCAGAAAAACAAACAAAACACCAAACCAAACCAAAAAAACUCCAGCAAAUAAAUCUAACACUAUUUUUCAUGUAUAUGCCAUCCAGCUUGCUUUUACUCCCUCUCUCUGUCCCCAAAGAGCACAAACCUCUACAAUGCCUUCUGAAGGCUGUCUGCCUGCUAUCUUCACUGCCCACCUACCGUAGGGAGCAGCUCCUCCCACCUGCACAUAAAAAGCCAAGUGCAUGCUACCAGCAGCAGAUCAGAGCACUUUCUCAGUCCUCCACUGUUUUGAGCCAGUGACCUUCUCUCCUUGGAUCUUGUGUACUCAAGAAAAGAAAAUGCAGAUUGUCAGAAUCCUUCAAAUUUGAUACUCAGCACUGUUAUGAUCUCUUCAUUACCGGAUAUGGAAUCUGGAUAUCAGAACUGAUAUAGUGAAGUACUCCUCUAUUAAACUGAGGACCAACCUAAAAUCAGCAAAGUAACACCGGGCCUAACACAAUCAGGAAAUCUGCGUCUCUUAGAGUGAAAAGCAGCCAACCUGUCUGUCUUCUGCCCUGUCCCAAAACCUCAAUGUGAUGGUCAUGCUGCUCUUUCCCAUGAAGCUGCUGGCAGUGACUGUCACUGUCUACCUAGAGAUGGUGAGGUCUGCUCAAGGUGGUGCCUACUAUGGGAUCAAGCAGCUGCCACCUCAAGUGCCCCAGUACCAACCCCUUGGACAACAAGUACCUCACAUGUCGCUGGGCAAAGAAGGCAUCCCAAUGCAGCACCUCGGCAAGGAGGUGCCCCGCAUGCUCUACGGGAAGGAGUACCCCCAUCUGCCCCAGUACAGGAAGGAAGUCCCGCAGAUGCCCAUGCUCGGCAAGGAUAUAGGUCCCAAGAAAGAGAAAGAAAUUCCCAUGCGCAGUCUGAGGGGUGAGCAAGGUCCCCCAGGUGAGCCUGGACCAAGAGGGCCACCAGGGCCACCAGGAUUACCAGGUCAUGGUGUACCAGGAGCCAAAGGAAAACCAGGCCCGCAAGGAUACCCAGGAAUUGGAAAGCCGGGCUUGCCAGGGAUGCCAGGAAAACCAGGGGUCAUGGGGCCCCCAGGGCCAAGAGGGGAGAUGGGGCCAAAGGGGGAGAUUGGGCCCAUGGGGAUUCCCGGACCACAAGGACCACCAGGGCCUCAUGGGCUUCCUGGCAUAGGGAAGGCAGGUGCUCCAGGGCUGCAGGGGCAACCAGGGCCAAAGGGUGAGGCUGGGAUGAAGGGGCCACCAGGAAUCCCUGGGAUCCCAGGGCCAAAAGGGGAAAAGGGGGUUGGGAUCCCAGGUUUGCCAGGUCUGAAGGGUCCACCUGGGCUGCCUGGUCCCCCCGGCCCCGUGGGACUGCCAGGGGUUGGCAAACCUGGCAUGGUUGGCUUCCCUGGCCCACAGGGACCCCUGGGCAAACCUGGACCCCCAGGAGAGUUGGGGCUGCAGGGGCCUCCAGGGCCCCCCGGGAUCCAAGGCCCUCCCGGCCCACCUGGUAUUGGCAAACCAGGCCAGGACGGCGUGCCCGGCCAGCCUGGCUUCCCGGGUGGCAAAGGGGAGCAGGGAUUGCCAGGCCUGCCGGGGCCUCCCGGCCUCCCUGGGGUUGGGAAGCCGGGCUUCCCUGGGCCCAAAGGGGAGCGAGGUGUGGGUGGUCUGCCUGGGCCCCUGGGGCCGAAGGGGGAGAAGGGGCACGCGGGGCCACCUGGUAUGGGAGGGGCACCAGGGGAGCCCGGCCAGCCAGGACUGCCAGGCAUAACAGGCCCCCCGGGGGCCGCCGGUUUCCCAGGACCUAAAGGGGAGGGGGGUGCCAUAGGGCCACCAGGACCAGUCGGCCCCAAAGGGGAACCUGGCCUGCAGGGUUUUCCAGGAAAGCCAGGCUUUCCUGGGGAAGUGGGGGGCCCGGGGCUGCGGGGUCUGCCGGGCCCCACAGGACCCAAGGGGGAAGCUGGACACAAAGGCUUGCCAGGGCUGCCGGGUGUCCCGGGGCUUGUGGGACCAAAGGGUGAGCCCGGGCUCCCUGGAGCGCAGGGGCUUCAGGGCCCCUUGGGCAUCCCGGGCAUUGCAGGUCCCAGCGGUCCCAUCGGCCCCCCUGGGCUGCCAGGGGCGAAGGGCGAGCCAGGCAUGCCCGGCCCCCCUGGCUUCCCUGGGAUAGGCAAACCCGGUGCUGUGGGGCUGCAAGGACCCCCAGGAAAGCCUGGGGCGCUCGGUCCUCCUGGCCAGCCAGGUCUUCAGGGGCCACCAGGCCCCCCUGGGCCGCCAGGUCCCCCAGUCAUCAUCCCGCCCACUCCACCAGCUGUGGGACAGUACCUGCCUGAGGUAGGACCAGGGAUAGACGGCUUGAAGCCACCCUACAGCUACAAGGGCAAGAAAGACAAGGCUGGCGGCAUUGUCUAUGAGAUGCCUGCAUUCACAGCAGAGCUUCUCAUGCCCUUCCCCCGCGUCGGGGUGCCUGUGAAGUUUGACAAGCUCCUGUACAACGGCCGGCAGAACUACAACCCCCAGACAGGGAUCUUCACAUGCGAGAUCCCCGGUGUCUACUAUUUCGCCUACCAUGUCCACUGUAAAGGCGCCAACGUGUGGGUGGCGCUGUACAAGAACAACGAGCCACUCAUGUACACCUAUGACGAGUACAAGAAAGGCUUCCUGGACCAGGCUUCAGGCAGUGCCGUGGUGCAGCUAAUGCACGGAGACAAGGUUUAUGUUCAGAUGCCAUCUGAGCAGGCGGCAGGACUCUAUGCCGGGCAGUACGUUCAUUCAUCUUUUUCAGGGUAUUUAUUGUAUCCCAUGUGAAACAAAACAGACACACACACACGCUACACACACAAAAAAUCAAAACCUUUCUCCUCUGCUUCUAACUUUUAUACAACAAAAGGCGCAUUUUAUGACCAUUUUGGACCAUCUUGUACAAGAACAAAAAUAAUAAAUACAAAGUUUAACAUUA